AUGAAUGACGUCGAGAGUACUGCUCUACCCGUCACAUACGGAGUACCGCAGGGAUCCAUAUUAGGACCAUUAGCGGGUCUUUCAACAGAAAGUGCAAUCCUGACUCUCAAACAGACUGUCCAUUACUAUACAUCUAGGCAAACACCAGUGUACGCCUGCUAUUUAGACCUCUCUAAGGCUUUUGACCUUGUGUCAUAUAAUAUAUUGUGGGAUAAGUUGCGUAACACAACAGUCUCCAGGGAGAUAGUAUCUGUAUUGGAGCAUUGGUAUGACAACCAAACAAAUAAUGUAAGAUGGGCUGGCAUUCUUUCGGACGAGUACAGGCUGGAGUGCGGCGUAAGGCAGGGGGGGUUAACUUCCCCUCGCCUUUUCAACCUGUACGUAAAUGAGCUGCUUGAGGAGCUUAGCAGCACCGGGAUUGGGUGUCAUGUUGACGGGGUAUGUAUUAAUAACAUAAGCUACGCUGAUGACAUGGUGCUGUUGAGUCCCUCAAUCAGUGCAUUGAGAAGAAUGCUUCGUAUCUGUGAGUCGUACGCUGUGGCCCAUGGGCUCAAAUAUAAUCCAACUAAGAGUGAAUUUAUGGUGUUCUAUGCUGGAAAUAAAUGUUAUGAGGUCGUACCAGACAUUCAUUUAUGCGGUGCUACAGUAAAUAGAGUAGAUAAGUUUAAGUAUUUGGGCCACUGGGUGACCGAUGAUAUGCGAGAUAAUAUAGAUAUCGAAAGGGAGCGCAGGUCGCUGGCUGUCCGUUGUAAUAUGUUGGCCCGUAGGUUUGCACGCUGUAGUGAUCAAGUGAAGAAGACACUAUUCAAAGCAUACUGCCAGUCUUUCUACACGUGCAGCUUAUGGAUCAGCUAUUCGCAGCGGGCAUACAGCGACCUGCGAGUCCAGUACAAUAAUGCGUUCCGGGUGCUGAUGGGACUACCUCGGUUCUGCAGUGCGUCUAGCAUGUUUGCGGGGGCUAUCAUUGACGGCUUUUCUGCAAUAAUGCGUAAGCGUUGCGCCUCCAUGCUUGAACGGCUGCGAUCCAGUACCAAUAGCAUCCUGUGCGUAUUAUCUGACCGAUGGGACUCACCGCUGCUCAGGCGAUGGGUGCAACUUCACACAGUAAAAUAACCAUGAUUGCAUAUUGAAAUUGCGGAGUGUCACAUCGGACAGUACAUAUACAUAUAUAUAAUUGUAAUUAAACCAUGUUUACUAACACUAGUUCUUAAGUUGUU